CUUCCAAUGCAGGGCUGGGCUGGAGCGCCCGAAAGGUGAGCUGCUGGAAAGACGCCACUUCCGCCCUCCCCGCCCUCGAGUCUCCUGCUGCUGCCGGAGGGAAGGAUCUCCAAGAGUUUCCUCGCCAAAGGCGACGCGCAGGGCAAGAGACGGGGCUCUCGGAGCGGGUUUCAUGCUGCCCAACGGCCAGGCCUCUCUCUUUCCCGGCGAGUUGGCCCGGGGAUCAUCGGGCCCACCUGCCUCUCUGACUUUGCACAGUCUCCAGAUCUUCUGAGUUUUUCUCUGGCCGAGGCCAGAGGCUUUUGCUGGGGCUGGGGCUGGCGGAGAAUGAGCGCAAUGUGGGAGAAGUUCUUCUAUUCCACAAAUCUAUCGCGUUCCCUCAUUUUCAUGAAUCCUGAUGAAUCCCCGAGACUGCAAUCCGCCGAUUAUCUCCUUCUGGACAUCUUGCUGGAGUUGAAGGAGGGGGCGGAGUGGGAGAAAUUCAAGGGCGAACUGCUCAGAUUCCCGGUCAAGGAGGGCGUCAGAAGAAUCCCCGAGGAGUUGCUCAAGGAAGAUAAUGUUCCGCAGCUCGUAGACCUGCUGAUUGGCUACUACGGUGAGGCUUAUGCUGUGGAGGUGAUGGCCAUGGUGCUGCAGGCAAUGGACUACAAGCCGCCGGUGGACGAUCCCUCGGGUAUCACCUGCCUAAUGCAGAUUACACAUGUAUGCCUGCUGGCCACACUGAAUACCCUAAAGGAGUCAGAUCUGAAGAAGUUCAAGUACAAACUCAGAAUGUUCCCCUUGAAGGAAGGCUAUGUCAGUAUCCCCAGGAAACUGCUGAAGAAAGCAAAUACUUGGGAGCUCACAGAACUGCUUCUUGCAUACUGUGAUGAGGAUUAUGCUGUGGAAGUGGCCUCAGAGGUGCUGAAAGCCCUUGAGUGUGAGCCCCUGCCAGAAUGUCUCCCUGGUUUCACCAGGAAAGCAGCAGAGCGACUUUGCAAAAUGCAUGUUUCAAGGCACCGGUCAGCUGAAUUCUUGUCAUCAAAAAUUAAUCAAGCUCUGGAGGAACUGUUUCCAUCAGAAAAAGCCACCAAAGGGUCAUUGGAAAGAUCCACAGUCUCUUGUGAGGAGAUGAUCUGCAAGGGAAGAAAACAAUUAACAGAAAUUCUUGAACAAGCUAUUGAACGUUUUGUAGAAGUGCAAUACUUUUACUAUAUCAUCACUUUGAAAGAAUACAGAGACAUUUCCGAAAUGUUGAAAAUUUUAAGAAGUGAAAAAUUGCUGAGUAUAAUCCAGGAAAGGGGGGAGCAAGCUUGUUGCAGGUUCCUGGAAUGUGUAGAAAUGGUACGUCCAGGUUCAGUUCUGAUUCUGCUGUCUGCAGUGCAUGGUUUGGAUCAAAUGCCACUCAAGGCAGCUGGCCCAAUAGAGCCACAGCCUAGUGAGGGUCUUCCAGAAAAAAUAAAACCAGAGGUGGUUUGGGACUCAGAAAGGGGCAACGAAGCAUACAGAGUGUGUUCCCCUGAGGCUGGCUCCUUCCAUUGCGGUAAUACGGAUCUCAUAUGUGACGUGAAAGAAGCUGUGACCGUAACAUACCACUUUGAUUCAUGGCCAAAGCUCCUGGAAGAACAGACCACUGAGGAGUUGCAUGUUGCUGGCCCUCUGCUCAACAUUAAAGUGGAUGCAGUAGAGGCUGUGGCAGCCAUUCAUAUCCCUCACUCCUUGUGUCUUGAAGGUGAAGACAGUUCCCAUGUCUACAUUGCACAUUUUGUUGAAGGGGAGAUGAGGCUGGAGAAACCAGACCGAGUGGAGCCUCACCAUGCUGUGCUGGAAAACCCCACGUUCUCUUCCCUUGGAGUCAUUUUCAAAAAGUGGUUUAAGCAAAAGAUCAACACUGUCGUACUGCUCUAUCAGAGCCUUCAGCUGGAAAUGCCAACAUUUCACCUGUACCUCCUUCCCAAUGACUCUUCUGUAGUAAAGGCGGUCGAAAAGCGUGAAGUAAAUUCAAAGAGAAUAGAGAAACCCCCUGGGACCCUGAAACCUCUGACGAUUGGCUCUCAGGUAUCUUUGAAGGCUUCAGAGGAUGUCACAGUCUGUCCUGAGGAAUUGAAGUUUCAAUACCUGGAUGCAGAGAAACUGCAGCAGUACCUAGAACUUUCAGCUGAGCAAAUGCAAGACAAGUUCAACUUCUACCUGAUGAAGAAGGGCACGAAUGAAAUUGUUUGGAAGGCACAUUUAAGAAAAAGAGAGUUAAUUUCAGGGGAGCUGGAUUCUCGUAUUCUACACCCACCACAAGGUGCUUGUGGCUACACACCUACUAAUGCAUCAUUCAGCAGAACUAACCCAGGACAUGGUGUGGAAGGCAGAUGGAUGGAGAAGACCAUCACAGAUAGCCUGAUGUUCACCCUGGAGAACUUGCGAGAGGACGAACUCAAGAAGUUCAAGCUCAAGCUCCAUGAGUUUCCUGUUAAGAAGUGCUGUGACAACAUCCCCCUCGGGAAACUGGAGAAGGCAGAUGUGGUGGACCUGAGCCUGCUUCUGCUGAAAUUCUAUACAGGGGAUUAUGCUGUGCAGGUGACAGCUGAUGUGCUCAGAACCAUCAACUGCAGGGAUGAGGCAGAGAGGCUCCUCAGUUUAAUAGGAACAGGGCUGCCACUUCAAAACUCUUCCAGCGUGCACUUCAUCGAGCGGCACAGGGAGGCCCUAAUCCAACGGACCACCCCAGUGGAACCAGUGCUGGAUAGAUUGUAUGGCUGCGUCCUCAGUGAGGAGCAAUACCAAAAAAUCAUUGCCAAGGAAACUAACCCAGAGAAGAUGCGAGAGCUCUACAGGCUUGUGCCAAGCUGGGACCGCCGGUGCAAGAAUAUGCUGUAUGAGGCACUGAAGGCCAAAAUCCCACACCUCGUGGAAGACCUGGAAGGGCGAUGAGGCCUCAAGGGAAGGCAGAAGGCAAGACCCUUUCAGGGCACCAGAAAUCCACCUCCUUAUUGCUAGGGGAUUCCUGCAGACAAAGCCAUACCAUGUCUUCUCCCAAGCACUCACUAUGCAUACCUUCUAACAUUCCUUUGAUAAAAAUCUGGACGUGAUUGGAGGAGGCUGCUCUCUAUCAAAUUUGGCACAUCCCAUCUGUCAAGUAUGAAGUCCCACCCCUUUGCUCCUUUAGGCAGUUGCCCAGAUACUGUUCCCAUCCCCACCUCUCUUUGAAGUUUUGCAAUAGACUGAGAGGCACUCUCACAUGGAGCUCUAGCUCCCCUGCUCGCUAUUUCUCUCCCCCCUUGUCAGGGUCUUCAGCUUCGUUGAAGCAGAUGUCUUUGGGAGUGGACACUGGUGGCUGGGGGUGUGCAAUGCUCUGCCAUCACCUCAUUCUCCUCAGGGGCUCUGUUCACCUUCUGCAUGGGCACUGUGUGUGGGAUAUAUUACUCAUGGGCAGUCAAGUCACAACAUUUCCUAGAGUGACCACAUGAGGGGACCAGGUCAACAUAACACUUCCUGUUUUCGACCUAGGGCAGACUUCCUCUUGCAUGUAACAUCAGAUGGAUAUGACCUCACCUGACUUCAGGUAAUAUAAGGCCAGGGAGGAGUCUCCAUCUUUCUCUUUGUGAUUGUCUUUCAAAGAAGCAGCAUCUUUAGCAGGGGUCCCCAACUAAGGCCCGGGGGCCAGAUGCGGCCCAAUCACCUUCUCAAUCCGGCCCGCGGAUGGUCCGGGAAUCAGCAUGUUUUUACCUGAGUUAAAAUGCAUCUCUGGGUUAUUUGUGGGGCCUGCCUGGUGUUUUUACAUGAGUAGAAUGUGUCCUUUUAUUUAAAAUGUAUCUCUGGGUUAUUUGUGGGGGCAUAGAAAUUCGUCAUUUAUUUAUUUUUAAAUAUAGUCCGCCCCCCCCCCACGGUCUGAGGGACAGUGGACUGGCCCCCUGCUGGAAAAGUUUACUGACCCCUGAUCUUUAGUGAGGGAUGUUCAGAGAGCACAAAAGAUCUAUGGCCCAUAUGGCAUAGACUCCACAUGUAAAUACAUUUAUCUAAGCUAGUACUGCCUUUCUGAGAUUGUGCUGUGACUCAGGAUGAAAGCUGUGAGUAAACUCUUUUUCAUACUUUUAAAGAGCACUGUGUUGUGUCUUUUCUUUUAAGAGGGCUAAAGGGGAAUUAUACCAGGAAUAUAUAUUGUUUCAGAAGUUCUAGCAAUCUUGAUUGCCACAUUUCGCUGUGUUUAAAUGGGAAUGUGAAACUGCUAAUUUGGAAA